AAAAUAUGUUUUAGCAAUUUUAGAGCAGGGACACCAACAAGCAAUUUUCUUAAUCAACCUCCAUACUCCUGACUAUGUGGUGUGUAAAAAAAUGUUUAUAAUAAUGGCUUGGUAAUCCUCAUUUUACAUAACACUCUCCCCUUGUGGUCUGAUCUGAUUGUCUGUUUGUAUGUAAACAGCAGCCCUGAAUUGGGACUACAGCCUAGAAUUAGACUGCCCACUUCACAUUGGAUCAUAAUGUUCAGACACAUGUCGGACUAAAGCUUUGACAGGGUUUACACAACUGAUUGUGUCAUGACCCAAGUAGGUUUAUCCUGAAAGCGGACAGGCGGCUCAGAAGGUACAGACUCUAAGUGCCAGGUGUCGGAUGAGCUUGGUCUUACACGAAACACAGGAAGCUUUCUGUGGUCUGUCCAUUACCAAGCAAUCCCUGGCUCUGGUUCUGCUGUUGUCAUGGUAAUUGGUUAUGCACUUCCACACUUUAAAGUCUCCUCUUUUUUUUAAAGCUGUAAAAGUGUGUCGUGCAAGGUCCGGUCUUUAUUGUUAUUGAUUUACUUUUCACAUUCUGUCCUUCUGUCCUGUCAAUCCUCUAUCUGGCCUUGUUUCCAACAUACAUAAAUGUUUUGUGUGAUGUUUUGUUCAUUCUUCUCGGUUUUUAUAAAAAUAGGUUGUGUGUCCAAGGCCAGGUAUUAAAAAAAAAAAAAAACAGCCAACUCAAUCUGCCAGUAUAAUUAAUUUUAUUUUCUCAUUUGUUAAAAAGCAUUUCCCUGGAAGUGGUGCUUUGAGUUAAGUACGGCGGUGAACUGAAGCCUCCGAAUGAGUCAAGACUUUUUCAUUUAAAAAGUCAUACAUUUAGGUUUUGGAAACUGCUCACCACAUAUGAGUGUUUGAUUAUUGACUCCUGGUGUCAUGACAUUGGUCUGGAGUGACAAAACUUGAAAUGAAUCGUCUUCUUUAAAACACUCUGCUGUACCCUCGCCUCAGUCAUAGAGAAACUUACAUGUGUUUAUCAGAAGGGGAUUUCUGUGGCCAUUUUAACUGUCGUUUUUUUUCUCUCUCUCCCCGCCGCCCACCUUUAUGUCAGGUUUGUGGUUGGUGGCAAGGUUCCUGAUAAUGUCGCAGGUACACUGGCUGCUAUAUUAGUCCAACUGUUUACACAGAUAGAGUCUGUGCCAUGGAGGAGAGUGGACCAAAGUUUACUCAGCCCCCACCGUGCCAACAGUGCACAUUUUGUUUCUGUGUGCGAAUGAAACUGUGCAGUCGAGGCAAAAGCAAGAAGAGUGUGUGUGUGUUUCAGUGUGAGUGUGACAGUGAAGAGGGAAGUUGGCUUGGGUUAACUGUCCUAUCUGAAUGUUUGUCUCAAUUCAAGGCCUUUUCCCAAAGAGUUAGACUCAGCCCCUCAACUCUUCCACCGUCUGAUUCUGCUGAUCAGCUGACAAACGACCUCCCCUUGCGGAUUAUGGGGAGGAGGAUUUGUACUGGGCUGUGCAAUGAGGCAGAAGGGAACAGUAAGAGAAAGACAGAGAGGGAAGGGCUGGCUGUGCGUGGUGGAGAGAGAAAGAUAUAGCAGAGCCUGGUGCUGGUGAGACCGGAGAAACUUCUCGCUGGACCGAGGAGGAGAUGGAGGUGGCCAAAAAAGGGCUUGUCGAGCACGGGCGAAACUGGACAGCCAUUGCCAAAAUGGUAGGCACUAAAAGUGAAGCUCAGUGCAAGAACUUCUAUUUCAAUUACAAGAGACGUCACAACCUGGACAACCUACUCCAGCAGCAUAAGCAGGAUACGAGGCGAACCCGGGCUGAUAGGUCUCAAGGUGAAGGUCUAGCCACAGCAUCACCCGACGACGAUGAGGACAACGCAGACGAGAGUGAAGGUGCUGACAACAGCUCUGACACAGAGAGUGCGCCCUCGCCCUCUCAGGCUGACUCCUCAAAAUCUAGCGACACCAAGAGGACAGAAAAUGCCGCAGAAGAAACUCCAAGCUCUGACCAGCACAGAGGCCAAGCCAGUAAUGGAAAGGCUCCGGAGCCCUCGUAUGGAGAGCUUUGUGUCAAAGAAGAGAAAAGCCCGGAGAGUGAGACCGGAUCUCAAGACGAAAAGGCCAGGAUGACUCUUUAUACAAGCUCUCUGCAUCCUAAAACGGAACCACAAGACGAGGAUGUGAAGACUGGGGAGGUUCAGGUAAAGGUGGAGCCGGAAGUCAAAGACAAAAAGGAAAAGGGAGAUCACGGUCAGAUGCAUAGAGAUCUUCAUUCAGAUAAUGACUCCAGUGCCACCUGCAGUGCUGAUGAGGAUGUGGAAACGGAGCCUGAAAGACAGAGCAGCUUAUUUGCCACGGAAAAGCCGUCAUUGCUUAACCCUCCUGGCACAGUGCUGGUAUCCUCGCAGUCCCAGCUGAACAUCCAGCAGUUGCAGCAGAGGGCAGCUGCCAUCCCUCCCAUGGUGCCUGGUCCUUUUGGCCUAAGUGGAUUUGCCAUGUUGCAGCAUCAAAUCAAAGCAGCACACGAGUCUGCUCACCAGGAGGAGAAGCAGAGGCAGGAUCAAGGAGAGGUUGAACACCGGAGCCACUUUAACACUCACAGCCCCACUGUGAUAGACAGAGACGUACUGCAUUCUUCUUCCAACCAGCUGGUCCAAGGUAUGCCGGAUGGAGUUCGUAUGACAAUCAGCAGACCCAGUCGGCCUCCAAACAUUCCCUCUCCUCCUCCACUCAUUCCAACUGCCAAGCCUACAGACAAGCCCUCCUUCUUACAGGGAGGUUCCAUCUCCCAGGGUCUCCCUGGUACAUACCUUCAGCCCCAUGUUGUCUAUGGGCCAGAGGGGACAAAGAGCAACGUAGGCUCAAUCUCUCUGGGUCUGCCACGACAACAGGAUCCCAGCAAACCUGCAGGAGCUCCCGUUUCCUCCAUCCAGGAUGGUAGAGGAAACCCAACAAAAUCCAGUGAAGGUCUGGUGUACAGAGGAUUAAUUACUAAGGGACAACCAGCCGUGCCACAGUCCAGCAUUGCAGCUGACCUCCUGAAGUGCACAAUCACAAAGCUGGCCACAGAGGAUCAGAACAUACCGGAGAAGGCAAGAGGGGAGCAGCUGGCCAAAGCUCAUGUCAUCUAUGAAGGGAAAAGUGGUCACAUACUCUCCUUUGAUGCUGUCAAGAACCCCAGGGAAAACACCCGCAGCCCCAGAACAGGCCACGAGAUGAAACGCACUUACAACAUGAUUGAAGGAUCCAUGGGCAGGGGACACAGUGGCAGAGAAGGCGCUCCAUUUGAGGGUUUAAUUAGCAGAGCACUGCCAAGAGAAGGUAUGCAUGGAGAUUCAAAGGACAGACCAGUGAUUGGUGGAUCCAUCAUGCUAGGGACGCCUAGAACUGCCGCAGAGACGUAUGAAGAUGCAAUGAAAUAUGGGAAGCAGAUAAAGCGAGAGAGCCCGCCCAUCCGGUCUUUUGAAGGUGGUAUUACCAAAGGCAAGCCCUAUGAAGGAAUGAAUACUAUCAAAGAAAUGGGACGCUCUAUUCAUGAAAUUCCCCGGCAAGACCAGUCUGGCCAAGACAUCUGCAAAACUCCUGACAUGAUAGACAGGAGAGUAAUCGAGGGCUCCAUGUCACAGAUCCACCCUCUCACUCAGGCAACUAUCAAGCAUGAUGUCAAGUCUCUGCUCACCAGUCCGACUAAGCUUCCUCACAAUGUGCCCCAAAUGGAGGCAAUGGAAAGGGCCAAAUAUGAGGACAGCAAGCCGGUGCGCCACAGUGUUGUCAACUCCACCUCCGUCCUGCGCUCUACACACCAGGAGGCCGGCAGAUCCCAGUUAAGCCCCGUUAUGUAUGAAGAUGCCAAUGCUCGCAGGACCCCUGUUAAUUACAGCACCAACCCAGCAUCCAGAGGGUCACCCAUGCUGGGACGAGCUUCAGAAGGUGGUAUGAGCUCUGUGAAAUCUGUCACACAUGAGCGAAAAAGUACCAUGACCCCAACACAGAGGGACAGUAUCCCGGCAAAGUCCCCAGUGUCAAGCGCUGAUCCUGUGGCCUCUCACAGCCCUUUCGACUCCCAUCAAAGGCCAGUUGUUCCAGGGGAAGUAUACAGACCCCACCUGCCUCCACAUCUUGACCCUUCACUGGCUUUUCACAGAGUCAUCGACCCAGCAUUCAUGUUCUCCAGACAGCCGUCGCCGACAAAUUACCACAACACCUACCAGCUGUACACCAUGGAGAACACACGGCAGACCAUCCUCAACGAUUAUAUCACAUCCCACCAUAUGCCAUUCAUUUCUCGGCCUGACAUGAACCGAGGGUUGUCACCAAAGGAACAGCCGGUCGCAAUGCCUUACGCAGCUGGAGGACGAGGGAUUAUUGAUCUAGCCCAGAUGCCUCCAACUAUCCUGUUGCCUCACCCUGGGGGAACAGGUACUCCCUCUUUGGAACGCAUCGCCUACCUCCCUGGAGCUCAGCCCCCUUUUCCUCCUAGGGCUUUCAACCCAACCUCCAUAUCACCAGGUCACCCAGCCCAUAUUGCUGCUGCUGCUGCUGCUGCUAGUGUAGAAAGAGAAAGGGAGCGGGACCGGGAGAGGGAGCGGGACCGGGAGCAGCUGGAGAAAGAGAGGGAAAAGGAGAGGGAAAGGGAACAACGUGAACGAGAGCGAGAAAUGCGCGAACGUGAGAGAGAACGUGAACGAAACAGUGAAUAUUUACGUGGUGGUGUUCCAGAGCAGCCAGGCCGACCAGGCAGUAGAAGUUAUCUGCACUCUACUUCUCCCUCGCUCAGAACACAAGAAGUUGUCGUUCAACAGAGGCCCAGCAUUUUCCAAGGCAAGAGUGUCAUCACAUCCCUAGUGCCUAACGCUGUGGCGGCAACGGCAGCUGCACAGAGCGGCUCUCGUCACAGCACAGCUGCAGAUGCUUUGGCUGCUUUGGUGGAUGCUGCAGCCGCUGCACCACAAAUGGACGUGUCUAAGUCAAAGGAGAGCAAACACGAACGGGAUGAUGAGAUGUCUUCAAUGGCCGCGCUACGCCGAGCUCCCAGUGUUCCGGAACAACAGCAGCAGGAGGCCGAGAGACGAUCCAUGCAGUCUGCAUAUGGUGCUAUGUCUCUGCCAGGAGGCAAGCCCCACGCUUACUCUGAGGGGCCCGGCAUGACCGCCAAGGAUAAGGGACCGCAGACUUCAAAGGCACGCAUUGAAGAGGAGCUUCGGACUCGCGGGAAGACGACAAUUACGGCCGCAAGCUUCAUCGACGUCAUCAUCACUCGACAAAUAGCCUCUGACAAGGACUCGCGUGAACGAGGAUCGCAGAGCUCGGACUCUUCGAGCAGCUUGUCGUCUAAUCGAUAUGACAAUACGAGCGGAGGGGCCAUCGAGGUCAUCAGUCCUGCUAGUUCCCCAGUUCAGCACCAACAGGACAAACCAGAUGAGGGACAGCAACAGACAGCAGCUGGCAUGCGGGGCUAUGACAUGAGUCGUUACAGGCCACCGGGAGAUCCACAGCCCAGUUUGCAGCAACCACCCUCAUCCCAGGCGGAAGGCUACUCUCAGAUCCCCAAGACUCAUCACAAGACCAUGACCUUGGCAGACCACAUUUCGCACAUCAUAACCCAGGACUUUGCCCGGAAUCAGGACAGUGCUCCAGUGUCUUCCUCUGCUUCUGUAACAUUCCAGAGUGCGAUGCCUCUUGUAUCCUCUUCAGGACGAGCUAAGGUGUCCAAUCGCUACAGUCCUGAGAGCCAGAUCCAGGCCCUGCACCACCAAAGAUCCUCCAGCAGAGUUUCACCAGAGCAUGCCUCUGACAAACCCAGACCCAGACCCGGAAAGUCUCCAGAGCGAGGAGGAAAGUCCAUGGAGAACUAUGAACCGAUUUCCCCACCACUGAGCUAUCAAGGCAUAGACAAACAGGAGGCUGCUGGACCUCCACCUCAAAGACGAGAGGCUGAGAACUCGGAGAUCAGGGGUGACUCAAGAUCCCCGGGAAGUGUCAGCUAUCUGCCUUCCUUCUUCACAAAGCUUGAGAACACAUCUCCAAUGGUGAAGUCCAAAAAGCAGGAGAUCUUUCGUAAGUUGAACUCAACCUCUGGUGUUGGUGAUUCUGAUGUUGGAAAUGCUCAGCCAGGCACUGAGAUUUUUAACUUGCCUGCAGUGACCAGCUCCAGUAGCAUCAAUCCAAGGAAUCCUUCCUUCGGUGAUCCAGCCAGCAACCUGGGCCUGGAAGACAUAAUUCGCAAGGCUUUGAUGGGAAACUUAGAGGAGAGACAGGAGGAGCACCAGGGAGGUGUUUCCAUUCAUAACUCAGCUGGCAUGGGUGCUGACGGCCGGCAGGAGGCAAAUUCAUCACCUAGUAUUGGGAAGCAGAAGCAGGGCAAAGUUAACAGCCGCAAAUCCAAAUCUCCAAAUCCGAGUCAGUCCUACGGUGGAGGGGAACGCCCCUCCUCGGUGUCCUCUGUCCACUCUGAGGGAGAUUAUCACAGACAAGCUCAGGCCCAACCCCAAUGGGGUUGGGACGACCGGCCGUCAUCCACAGGAUCCAUGCAGUUCCCUUACAACCCAUUGACCAUGCGCAUAUUGAGUAAUACGCCUCCAACCUCUAUAGCCUCGCCUUCCAUACAGAGCCAGCAGCAGCAGCCGCCUUCAGCUGGAGCCCCGGUGGCCCAGCAGCGUGUGUGGCAAUCGCUGCUCUCAGAGCAGUAUGAGACCUUAUCUGACAGCGAUGACUGAGACCUGCUCAUACGAGUUCUACGAACUGCGAGAGACAUCUGCACUGAUGUGUAUCUGCUCAGCCCCCCCCCACACACCCCCUCCCAGAACUAAGCUUGCUCGCUAGCAAGUGUGACAUGUUAAUGGAGUGGUGUCUUCUUUUUUGAAUCUGGUGCUAUGGCGCCCCCUGGCUGUUACAAGGAGUACUAGCAACAGCCUGAGACAGGGCUCUCCAGAACUUGUUCUGGAAGAACUCAUUCAGCCGAAAGACUUGACGAGGGGUUGAUACGAGUUCUAGUAGAAGAUGAAGAACUUAAUAUGUAAAAAGAAAAGCAACAUAAGAGAUUAUUUCUGAAUUUUGUUUUGAGUUCUGUAAAGAUAUGCUUUGUCUUCAAGAAAUGUGUUGUAUGUAAAUAGAGUAACCUUUUGCAGUGCUUUCUUACCUUGAUUAUUUCUAUUGUUUUAGUGUUACUUUAAAAGUGAUCCACUUUAAAUGAAAAGAGAAGGUGCGUAAACGUAUUUAGAAAAGUUAGUUUCUCCGAGUCCACCUUCAUGCCACAUCACCCGACCUAUAUUUUAAAUCUUCACACCUAAGCGAAGAAAGCCGUGACCUGUGGUUUGUACUUGACUAAGGAGCACACAGAUUGUGGCCCCAGCACACCAGCUACCAAGCACCACCAGAGCCUGAACACAGUCGACAUUCACGGACGAGACAAAACACCGAUAAACAUUUAAAGUUGGUAAGUGUAGUUUGUGAUUCAUUUCUAAGCCACUAAGCAGAGAUGCUGCAUGUGUUUUGAGGCCCAACCCUUAAAAAAAAAAAGUCUUCACAAGUU